AUGGACUACAUCGCCAUGCAGAGCGAAAUCGAUAGGCUCAAAGAGCAACUGAGAGAGAAGCAAGACAAGAUCGUUGCUCGAGAUGAGAUCAUCAAGGAGCUAAAAGCAGAUAAACGGAGGCUUGAAAGGCAGCUCGAGGAGGUCGAAGCUGCUGAAGAUGAAGACAGAGACGACGAGGAUGAGGACCACAAGCCGCUUUGGGACGACCACGACCGCGUCUACCGUUGCCACGACUGCUACGGGGAGAUCGACGAGGAUCACUGUGCAUUCUGUCGACGAGAAUACAAGCCGCUAGAACCAACCGAAUACAGCUGCUCAACCGUCUCCCAAGCCGAACACCCCGACCGGAGCCUCACCAACCGCAGCUCCACACCCCUCUUCGACGUCGGGCACAUCCGCGUUCCACCAAAAUGGGAGAAAGACCGCGCAGAGGAGUACCGCCAGCUCAUCCAGCGGGGCGCCACACCUCUCAUGAUCGACGCCUUCCACCUGCGGUUUACAAACCAGGGGGGGAUCUACGCCUACGCGGACGAGUGGAUCAGGGACGAGUUCGCGGGCGAGGCGAUUAAACCGGGGGAUACUUGGAAGAUAUACCUCGGGAGGAGGAUUGAGCUGGACGUGGAGGACCAUGAUGGGUCUGAAUUCAUUGAAGGCCUCCUGGAGGAUGCGGUGCUGUUUAAUUCGGGGCUGGCGCGGUGGGAGACGGUGUGGGAGGAUGGGGAGUGGGUGACGAGGCCGAAGGAGGGGUUGGGUGGGUUGCUGGAGGUGCCUGAGGGGGAGUGGGUUGAGGGUGAUGGGGAUGCUACGGAUGAGGAGGACGGGGAGGACGGGGACGAGGAGGGGACGGAGGGUGAUGGUGGACAGGGGCUUGUUGAGGAUCCCAAAACUUGGGUUCGAUAUAAUAGGUAUACCACCCCUUAUACCGGCGAGACGAUCAUCGAGAACCGGUACUACGAUACCAGCUCCGACGAAGAGGACGCGGAGGAGGAGGAGGAUGAAGAAUACGAGGAAGAAGAGGAGGAGGAAGACCAGCCAGACUCUCAGCCCGUGCCUGGUUGUUCCUUGGAGGGAGAUCCGACGGAGUCCUCCGGCACGGCGGUCAUCGAGGGCCAAGCGGACGACGACGACGACGAAGGGGAAUGGUCGAGUUGCAACAGCGCCUACGACUCUGAGGAUCCCCUCAGCGAAAACGAAGUAAACUCGCUCUGCGACGAGUUUAGGAACUGGUACCCUUCAUUCCGAGGGGGAAAUAUAUAGCAUAUACUGUACCUCGGCCAGAUGAUCCAACGCUUUAGAAGUUGUUCAUGUUAUUAUUUUAUACAUACCUUUUUCCGUUAUUGUACUCUGCACCAUGACUGUUUAAGCUACUAUACCAAGCGCUUGCGCUACCCGUCGUUUCGUUCAUGCGCUUCCCCCAGUAGAUCUGCUUUUAUCCCAUUCGACUAUCGGCGACUCGCUCAA